UAGAAAAAAAAUUGUAAUAGUGCACGAAUAUAUAAAUUUAAUAUAAAACAGAAACUAAAACCUUUGCCUUGACAUUAAAUACAAAUAUUUAAAUAAUUUUAGAUUACUUACUAGUUUUAAGAUAAGCAAUCUUAAUCAACAUGCAUGAGUGUAUUUUAUAAAAACACAUAAAAAAAUUGCGUACGAUUGUUGUACUAUAUUUACUAAGAUAAAAAAAUAUUAUUGAACGACUAUGUUUAUCUUAUAAAUGUAUUAUAAAGUCCAUCGAUUGCCUCGUUAUAGGUUAUUUACACAAAUUGAAUCUCUUUAUAACAUAGUUUACAAUAUAUUGUUUAAAAUGACUAAAAAUAAAAGUACAUAUCUGUAUUUUGUUGUUUCUAUAGCAAAUCUCCUAUCGUUUACAACUGGAGCAGGGCAAUGCUGGACAUCCCCUGUAAUACCAAAAUUAAAAACAUUGAAUGACGACAAUCCACUGUCAGAAGUCAUAACUACAUCCCAGGAAUCUUUAAUUGCUGGUUUUCUGAGUAUUGGUAAUGCCUUGGGGCCUUUAGUAUCUGGUACAUUGGCGCAUAAGUUUGGAAGAAAGUUGACAAUGUUAUUUAUAGCUUUACCAAUAGCUAUAGCCUAUAUAGCGUUAGCUUUUGGAAGUAGUAUAUACGUGUAUUACAUAGCAAGACUUGUUAAAGGUUUUGGGACAGGCAGUGCAAUAUUGGUGGUGCAGCUUUACUUUGGUGAAAUUUCUGAGAAACAUAACAGAGGUAAAAUUGGUUGCCUCAUGUCAGUGUUCUAUGCCUUUGGAAUGUUAUUUGUAUAUACAAUUGGGCCUUAUCUAUCAAUCAAAGUUUUUAGUUUACUAUGCAUUACUCCAAUAGCUUUUUUCUUAAUAUUGUUUGCCUUCAUACCUGAAAGCCCGAUGUAUUUAGUCUUGAUUGGAAACAAAUUUGCUGCCGAAAAAUCCCUGAUGAAACUUCGUAGUUCCACAAAUGUAACUGACGAGUUGGAUUCACUAGUAAAGUUCUGCCAAAAAACCGAGGAGAAAGGCACUAUACUGGAUAUAUUUAAAUCGGCUACUCUAAGGAAAGCUUUCACCAUAUGCAUUGGUUUAUUAAUAUUUCAGCAACUAUCUGGAAUGACUGUAAUUGUGUCAUAUUUACAAACUAUAUUCGAGGCAGCAGGUGAGGCUGCUAUAUCAGCCAAAAAUGCCCCUAUGAUUGUAGGAGCCUCUAAAUGUGUAGUGGUUAUUUUUGCAUCCAUGGUUGUAGAGAAGUCUGGCAGAAAAUUAUUGCUCAUACUAUCGGCUGCAGGCUCAAGCAUAUCAUUAGUAGUACUAGCAAUAUUUUUCCACUUAAAGGAACAUGGUCAGGAUGUAUCAAAUUUUAGUAUCGUCCCACUCCUUUGCCUUCUAUUCUACAUCAUCAGCUUCAGCCUGGGUCUCAUGCCCAUUCCAUGGGCUAUGAUGGGAGAGAUGUUUCCAACAAACGUAAAAUCAGUAGCUAUGAGUAUAACAUCAACAACAACUUUUGUGGCCGCCUUUCUGACAACUCUAUUUUUUCCUUAUCUAAGAGAUCUAAUUGAUAUGUCUGGGGGGAUUAUGUUUUUUGGGGUGGCUAUAGGUAUUGGGGUUAUAUUUAUUUAUUUUGUCGUCCCAGAAACAAAAGGAAAAUCCUUGGCUGAAAUACAAGAUAUGUUGAAUGCAAGAUAAUGUAUUUUUAUAGAAGAAAAAUUUAGUUUAUUGCACUUUUUGUACGGCAUUUUUUAUGAAGGUUAAAAUAAAUAUAUUAAAG